AUUGUCAUCACUUCUCUUUUCCCUCUGAAGCCCUACCCAUUUUUUCAUUUCUACAAUGGCUGUCUGCUUUUCAUCUCCCGUUAAACUCAAAUCCAUUGAUCAUUUCAUUCUCCUCUUCAAUCCCAAACCUAAAAAUAACACCAACAAACCCAUCUUCAAAUGCAACGCUUCUGUCACCACCACAGCCACCGAACCCCAUCCCCUUUUCACCUCCGUCAAGACUUUCGCCCCCGCCACGGUCGCCAACCUCGGUCCCGGCUUCGACUUCCUCGGAUGCGCCGUUGACGGCCUCGGCGAUUACGUCUCCCUCCGCAUUGACCCCUCUGUCCACCCCGGCGAAAUCUCCAUCUCCGAAAUCUCCGGCCACUCGAAACUCAGCAAAAACCCUCUCUGGAACUGCGCCGGAAUCGCCGCCAUCGCCACCAUGAAAAUGCUGAACAUACGAUCGGUGGGUCUUUCUCUUUCCUUAGAAAAAGGAUUACCAUUAGGAUCGGGGCUAGGAUCCAGUGCCGCGAGUGCCGCCGCAGCUGCAGUGGCCGUGAACGAAAUGUUCGGAAGCAAAUUAAAUUCAGAGGAGUUGGUUUUGGCCGGAUUGGAAUCAGAAGCCAAAGUCUCCGGAUAUCACGCGGAUAACAUUGCUCCCGCAAUCAUGGGAGGUUUCAUUUUAGUUCGAAGUUACGAUCCAUUAGAAUUAAUGAGACUGAGCUUUCCGCAAAACAAGGAGUUAUUUUUCGUGUUAGCUAGUCCGGAAUUUGAAGCGCCCACGAAGAAAAUGCGGGCGGCUUUACCGGCGGAAGUGAUGAUGCCCCACCACGUGUGGAACUGCAGCCAGGCCGGAGCCUUGGUGGCGUCCGUGUUGCAAGGUGAUCUGGCGGGGCUGGGGAAGGCGUUGAGUUCGGAUAAGAUUGUGGAGCCAAAACGGGCUCCUUUGAUACCUGGAAUGGAGGCGGUGAAGAAGGCAGCCAUUAAGGCUGGGGCGUUUGGGUGCACCAUUAGUGGGGCGGGUCCGACGGCAGUGGCAGUGGUGGAGGAUGAAGAGAUGGGGAAGGCGAUUGGCGAGAGGAUGGUGGAGGCGUUUUGGAAAGAUGGAAACUUGAAGGCUGUGGCUGUGGUGAAGAGAUUGGAUAGAAUUGGUGCCAGGCUUGUUGGUAGCAUUCCCAGAUGAACAAAAUUUUAAUUUCUUUGGGUGUGCUUUAGCUGUUCCUGAGGUGGGUAAUAAGCUUGUUAAAUCGUUCAUUCAAUGUAAAAUCAAGUGGGGGUUCUUGAUGAAUGAAUGUUUUUCCUCCUUGUUCA